AUGUUUUAAUUUCAUUGUGAUUUCUAAAAAAGCAUUAAUUAAAUCAUUAUUUAACAAUAUUAGAGGAAAAUAUCUAAGAUGAUAAAUAAUCAAGGUUAAGUGUAGAAUCUAAUACUUAUUAAUGGUGUCUAAUAUUAAAAAUUAGAAAAACUUGGAGAAGGAACAGAAGGUAUUGUGUUUAAGGGACAAAAUAAGUAAACAAAUGAAAUUGUGGCUAUUAAAGAAUACAAAUCAAUCAAUCAAAAUGAAUUAAAAGCAAUUUAAGCAAUUUAUGCAAAGAAUUUGAGCCAUAUAAUUGGGAUAAAAGCAGUAUUAUAAUAAAAUUAGAAUUCUGUUCCAAUAAUUAUUUUGGAGUUUGCUAAUGGAGAAUUCUACAAAUAUAUGUAAACAUAAGAUUAUUACAGAUUAACCUAUGAUCAAAAAAAUUAAUAUUUUAUAUAAGUAAUAGAACAAUAUUAUUUUAUUUAAGAUGGUGUAAGGUGUUGAUUAACUUCAUGAUUUGGGAUUAUUUCAUAGAGAUUUAAAACCAGAAAACUUUGUAUAUAUUAAUUAGCCAAACAAUCAAAAAAUUAUUAAAUUGAUUGACUUUGGUUUAGUUAAAGAAACUGGAAAUUUUAUGGCAAAGACCGCUUGCGUUGGAACACCUUAUUAUAUAGCACCAGAGGUCUUAAAAUAUUUUUAAAAUUAAUGUUAUUAUGACAAAUCAGUUGAUAUUUGGUCUUUGGGAGCCAUUUGGUAUGAAAUGUUGACAGGAUAAACAUUAUUUAAUGGUAAUUUUAAUUUAUAAUCUUAGGUAAUAAUUAAGAUGAAAUAUUUAAUUAAAUCUUAAAUAGUAGCUAAAAAUAAAUUGAUUAACUAAUUUAAAAUAAUCAAUAGAUACUAAAUAAAGAAAAAGAAUUAAUCAAAAAGAUGCUUAGAAAAACACCAAUAGAAAGAAAAUCAUUGAAAGAAAUAAUUGCAGCUUAUAUUUAAUAAUAAGUUCAAUCUUAACCAUUUCAAAAUUAAUAAUUUCUAAAUUAACAACCUCAAAUCCAAUAAAAUUAGAAUUUAUACCAAAAUUAAUAAUAAUAAUAAUAAUAAUAAUAAUAGUAAUAUUAAUUCUAAUAAUUAUAAUUCUAAUAGUAAUAAUAAUAAUAAAAGCCAUAAUUUAAUUCAAUGAAUCCUCAGAUAUAACAAGCAAAUAAUAUUUAAUAACCUAGUUUUACAUCAUAAAUAAGACCUUAAUAAUAAAUUUAAUAACAAAUAAAACAGCAAAUGGAAGUAGAAAUAAAAUAAGAAAUGGAGGAAGAAUUAAAAUAAAAAAGAGAAGAAAUAGAAAAGUAAAAAGAGAAAGAGUUGGCUGCAAAAUUAGAAAUAGCUAAAUAAUAAUUUCAAUUAGAUUUUGAAAAGGAAAUAAGAUUAAAAGAAAAUGAAUUAAAAUAGCAACAAGAAAAGGCUCAAUAAUAGGAAUAAAGAAAAGAUGAGUUAACUUAAAUUAUAUUUUAAUAAGAAAUAUAGUUUUAAAAUGAAAUGAAUAAUUUCAAAAAACAGAAAGAAGAAGAAUAUUAGAAAAAUAUUGAAUAGAUUUAAAAGGAGGCUAAAAAGGAUAUGUAAAAAGAAAUUGAUCAAUAAUUAUAAGAUUAUAAAAAAUAGAUUAAAGAAUAAUUAGAAAUAGAAAUGGAGGGAAAAUAUAAAUAAGAUUUAAUAAAUAAAGAAAAUGAAUUAAAAUAAAAACAAGAAUAAGAAAAUAAAAAAUUAUUAGAAGAAAAAAAAUAAUCCUUGAUUAUUCUAUUGUAAUCUUAGUCAAAUACUAUCUAAAUGUUUAUAUCAAAUCUAAAUUAAAAAUUAGUACUUAUAAAUGAUAUAGACACUUAAGUUUAAAAUAAAAAUGAUCUAAUCAAUUUCAUAAGAAAUGAACUCUAAAAACAAAAUAAAAAACAAAAUGAAAAUGAAGAAAGUCAACAAUAAAUUUAAAAAGCUUCUUUAUUAUAGGAACUUAGUGGAUAGGAAAAUAAAAUAUCUUAAGAAAUUUCAUAAAAUAUAGAAGAAUAAAAUAAAGUUAUUAAUAAUAUUACAGAAUAAUAAAUGUUACUUGAAAAGUAUGUAAGUGAAAAAUAAAAGAUUGAGAAAAAUCAAAAAGAAAGUUAGAAAAAAAAAGAAUAAGAAGAACAAUUAAACAGAGAGAAAAAUAGUUUUUAAUUAUAAUUUACUAAAAUACAAGAAUAUUUUAAUUUAUUUUAAGGAAAUAUUUAAAAAUUUUAGGAAAAAAUUAAGUUUUAUGACAAAGUUUCAUUUUAAAUGUAAGAGGAAGAGAAACUUCAAGAAGUUAUAGGAUAAUAUUAAAAAAUAUUUUAGGAAUUCUUAGUCUUAUAAUCAUAAGCUAAAAAUAUUAAUUAAUUUGAGUUAUCUUAGCAAAUUAUUAAUUAUUAAACCUUUAAUAUUAAGGUUGAAGAAAUUUAAUAAUCAUAAAAUAGACUUAAAAAUUAAAUUGAUGAAUCAAAUAAAUCAAUUGAAUAAACUGAUAUCAAAUUUAUUAAUGAACACCGUAGGUAAUUAGAUGUAUUAGCCCAUAAUUUAAAUGAUAACUUAGAUAAAUUUAAAUAUCUGUCUAAGAAUGAAAAAUAUAAAAAUAAAAUUGAUUAAAUAAUUUCUGAAAUAGAAAAUUGUUUUAACUAGUUAAAUCAAUUGAAUUAAUUAUUAACAUAAGGAAUAUUUUAAAAUUAUCAAUAGUUUAAUCAAAAAAAAGAUUCAAUCAAUCAAAAUUUAUAUGAAUUUUAAAAAUAACACAACUAAUUGCAUGAAUAAAUUUAUAACGAUUAAUAAAUUCAAUAACAAAAUGUUGAAAGAACAAAAAAGUUAAAAAAUAUUGAAGGAUAAUUAAAGGAAUUUACUGAUAAAAUGAAUUCACUAAAAACUUAGAUAAACAAUUUAAUUAAUAAUCAAUAUUGCAAUAAUGAAUAUACUAGAAAUUUAAUAAUGGAAAAAUAAAGUAAAAUUGAUCAAAAUAUUAAUUAAAUUUAAAAUUAAUUUAAAAAUUUUAAAGACUUUAAUUAACUUACACAGUCAGAAAUUAACAAUUAAAUAAGCUCUUUAGAAUAAUUUUAGGAGAAAUUAAAAAAAUAAAUAGAUGAUGAAUAAGAACAAGUUAUAUAAUUAUAAUUUAUAAUUUAAAAAAUAGGAGCAGAAAAUAAAAGUGAAUAAGAAAAAGAACUUUUACAAUAAACUAAUAAAUUAUAACAAAAAUAAAUGCAACUUUCAAAAGCAUUUUCAACAGUCUAUAUUGAAUAAGAUUAAAUUCAAUAAUUCAAAAUAAUAUAGGAGAAAAAAGAAGGUUUACUAGAACAAUUGAAAGAGGAAAUAAAAAAAUUAGAGGAAUAUAACGAAAUAAACAAUGAAAAUUAGAAGUUAUUUAAUGAAAAAUUAUAGAUAUAUAAAAAAUAAUAAACAUCACCUAAGUAAUAGAGUAAAAUUUAAGAAUUACUUUUAAAAUAACAAAAAUGUAAUUUUGGAAAAACCUUAAAAUUGAAAUAAAUAUUGGGGAAAGUGCGAAAUAAGCCCUAUGAAUUAUAAUUUGAAGAUAUCAACAAUAAUCCUUUUGAUUAAUUUGAUGUUUUAAAAGAAAACGAAAAAAAAUUAUCCUAAGAAAUAAAUAGCAUAAUUUCAUAAGAAUUAAAUUAACAAUUAAAUCCUUCAUAUUAUGAUAAAUUAACAAAAAAAAUAAAUAAUUUAAUUUCUGAAAUAGAUACGUUAAUUUAAUAAAUUCCUUAAUAAAAUUAAAUAUAACGAUUUUAAAAUUAAUAUAAAAAAAAUGUAGAAUAAUUUUAAAUAUUAUAUGCUUUAGUUAAUUAUAUAAUGUAGUAUCACUUAACAAGAUAUUUUGAGAGAAUUAAAGAAAAUGAAGAUAAAUCAAAAGAUAAAUAAUAAAAUUUUAAAGAAGGCAGUUAUAUAAAGGCCUUUCAUGAUAAAUAAAAUGAAUAAACGAAAGAGAGCACUAAAAAAGAGAAGGAAGCUUAAGAUUUAUUAAAGAUCUACGAAAAUAUUCUCUUUAAUAAUUACACUAAGAAGAUGAUUGUAGAAAUGGAAAGAGAUUAUUAAACAAUCAAGAAGGAAAUUGAAACUUAAGAAAAUUUUAUAAAAUAAAAAAAUUUAGUUAAACUAAGAGCUUCAAUUAAAGAGUAGAAACCUAUCAAAGAAAUUAUAAACAAUAAAUAAUAUUAUAAAAUAAAUGAAUGGGCAUAAAUGUUAGAACUUUAGAUUUUAAAUAAAAAUUGA